GCCCUCUCCAUCACCUCCCCCGAAAAGCACGAUGAUGUCGACCUGAGCAAGUCGACCACCAUUGAGUGGAACUCGGUCAGCUCUGACCCGUCCUCGUUCGAUAUCUACCUGGUCAACAUGAACGGCUACCCCAACGUCAACAAACUGGUCGCGGAGAACGUCAAGACCUCGGACAACUCCUACACCUUGAAGGAUCUCGCUGGCAUUGACAACGGCUCCGGCUUCCAAAUCAACUUCAUGUCCAACGAUGACAAGAACACCGGCAUCCUAGCCCAGUCCGCUCAGUUCAACGUGGAGUCCAGCGACUCUGCCUCUACUUCUGCCUCCCUGACUUCAACUUCGACCUCUUCUUCCUCUUCUGCUUCGUCUGCCUCUUCUAGCACCACCGAGGGUACCUCCACCGUUGCCAACUCUUCCUCGUCCGCCACCCCCUCGGAAACCGUUGUCCCUGCCAACGGUGCUGGCUCACUUAAGGUCCCCGUUGCGGCCGCUGGUUCCCUCCUCAUGGGUCUGUACAUGAUGCUGUAA